AAUGGCGGUCAUUUGUCUUAUGUGGGUCACUGUCAUUCAUUAGACUAUUCACUAUGCAUUACUAUCAAUACUGAUCCAAGCAUCACUAACGAGAGCAAUGCUGCUGCUAUUUGUUUUAGACAUUGUAAAACAACGCUUGACCAACAGCAGACCACUUUGAAUAUAGCAUUAACCUACAUUCACUACAGCUCACACUGUUACCUGAAUCCUCAGCGAGAGAUAGCGAGGGAGGCACGAGCCUGAAUACAAAUCAGACUCUCCCCUAGACUCCCUGCACACGCGCACUCGCUGCAGCCGCACUGGAGAGCUGAGCUUGAGGUGACGGUUUAACCUCUCACGCCUCAUUAAGGAGGGAUCCGCCUGUGGUUUGCACACAGACCGUGAGCGCAUCUGCGUGCGCUAAUGUGAGAAAAUUCUGCGUGGGUGGGUGGAUAGACGGAAGAACGAGGACGAGGAGAGAGUAAAGCUGAAUCAGCGCACAGGAGCUCCAUGGAAAACGCACGCUAUGGCCACUGCAUAGCAAUCCAUCACGACGGCUGCAGGGUGUGAGAAUAAAGUGGGAGUGUGAGAGGAGGAACAGAGCAGAAAGAAGAGGGAUCUACAAUGGCAGCAGAAGAGAAGCCUGCUGCGAAGAGCAGUAGCUCCAUUGUACCAUGCUUCCUAUUUGUGGAGCUGGUGAUCAUGGCAGGCACCGUUCUCCUGGCGUACUACUUCGAAUACACGGACACCUUUCCCGUGCACAUCCAGGGGUUCUUCUGCUUCGACAAGGCGUUCUCCAAACCUUACCCUGGACCGGAUGAGAGCAGUAACGUACCGCCGGCGCUCGUGUACUCUCUGGUAGCUGCUAUUCCCACUAUAACCAUUCUGGCUGGCGAGGUGAUGGUGUUUUUCAUGAGGUCGGAGGGCAUGCAGGAGAAGACCAUAGUCACAGCCGACUGCUGUUACUUCAACCCUCUGCUGAGACGCAUCAUACGCUUCCUAGGUGUCUAUACCUUCGGCGUGUUCACCACCACCAUCUUUGCCAGUGCCGGACAGGUAGUAACAGGAAACCAGACGCCUCACUUCCUAUCAGCGUGCAGACCAAACUACACAGCACUGGGCUGCCAUUCCAACCUACAGUACAUCACAGAGCGCAAAGCCUGCACAGGAAACCCCCUCAUAGUAGCAUCUGCACGGAAAUCCUUUCCCUCCAAAGAUGCGGCCCUUAGUGUUUUUUCUGCAGUCUAUACAGUAAUGUACGUGACGUUGGUGUUUAGGACUAAAGGGACGCGUCUGACCAAACCCACACUCAGUCUGACUCUGCUGUGUCUGGCCAUGCUGGUGGGUGUGGUCAGAGUGGCUGAAUACCGCAACCACUGGGCCGACGUCCUCGCUGGAUACUUAACCGGCGGAGCCAUCGCUGUCUUUCUGGUGAUGUGUGUGAUCAACAGCUUCCAGCAGACAAAGCCCCCACCCCCGCCGGUGCGACCCCAGCGUCCUGAGUCUGUCCUGGGCAUGCCCAUGGUGGCGCUGCCCUGCGUAGAGAGUCCACUUGAAAAACUCCAAGGGGAUCUCCAUUCACUGAGAUCACAUGACCAUCAGCCUCAUCGGUUCCCCGUCCCCCCCGAUGUCCUCAUACCGUCUCGUUCCAUUUCCAGCGAAGUGUAGACCAGCCGUCCCAGCACGUGCGCCACUGCGCCGCCCACUCCGGGGGACGCUCCGCCGCUCUGCACCACUCCUACUCGACACAGGUCUAGAUUUUCUCACCUCCAACCCUCAUCUUCCAUAUUCCUCCAUGCUGCCAAUAGGGCCUCCACAAACCACUCAAACAAACCACGAGAAGCACUUUUAGAGAGCCUGCUCAAAGAUCCUGAACGCCUGAACGAAAGCCAGAAAUCACAGGUAGUCUCACUCUUGCCAGAGAGUUUGUUUGGACUGUGGGUGGAGGAUUCGCACCUGUUUAGACCUCUCAAAACCAACCCGACCUACUUCCUGGGGAACCGAUGAAGAAGUCUUGAUCAGCUUUUGGCUGAAAUUCCAAACUCUGGCUGCAAUUUUUACUGCAGUGUCAGUUUGUAUGUAAAUACAUGCACUGUUUUCUUGGUCUUUUGGUUAAAGGCAUGUCUAUUUUGUUCCAUUUAGUUCAUUAGGGUGACCAUACGUCCUCGUUUUCCCAGACGCAGUUUUUAAAUUGCCUAAACUGUCCAGGUUUUGGCUUUUCUUUCCUAUUGUUUUCAUACUUGCUGAAGGUAAUGACUGAAAAAUGCUUUGACCAGUAGCGUGCAGGCAUUGUACACAAUCAACCAAUCGUGGCGUGUGAGAAGGCGGGAUCUACAGAGAAUGGUCAAAGCAAUGCAAAUGCACAUACAAAUAGCAUAUACGUAUUGGAAAGAGCAAGUCAAUAAGAAAACAAAGCCAAAACCUGGACAUUUUAGGCAAUUUAGAAACCACGGCCAGGACACGUCCGGGAAAAAGAGGACGUAUGGUCACCUUAGCACUGAUGGAGUUUUUAAGUUACGUUUUUAUAGUCCCCACAGUGUAUGGUUUUGGAAAAUGACAUACAUAAAGUAUCUAUUGGUUUGUUUUUGAGUCAUAUUCACUAUGCACUUGGGACAAUCUCAUCAGCAUCAGCUAUCUGGAUGGUCCUGUAAGUGCACAUCAAGGAAAAAACCUCGUUCUUGGUACCAGCUCUUAUAAUAAUGUUUGGAUGCGUCAGAAGGAAAUGACAGACAUAAAAUUCAUCCACAGCAUUCUUUUUAAUAUUUAAUGUCCGGUUUGUGCUCGCAAGGAUUUCUCCACCAGCUAGAUGUAAUGCACAGUCUGACAUGAAGGCCUUUUCAUUACUGUCGCCACAGAUACAACACGAGGCUUUCAGACAUUAAACAUUCUUACAGUUUGUCAUCAAAGAUGGAUUGGAUUCGUCAUUUCUCAGGAGAGAAAAGCAAGAAAUGCACCCCAUGACGUCAUCAUCUGUAUUGUUGUUGGUAUUUCUAUAAUGGUUUUCAAAAAUGCAGUAACUGAAAGUCAACUAGUUUCUUUCCUGUAUAUUGAAUAACCUUUUCACAUUCAUAUCACUAUUUGUUACUAACAGGGAUGUGUGCAAUUCAGAAUUGAAUUGAAAAUGCCUCUGUUUAGAGCCUCUGAAUUUGAAUUGAAUUUGAAUUCAAUUCA